CUACAAACCUAUCUGCAGAAAUUUUGCCCUCAUCAGUGGUCACUAAUUCGAAGUGCACAUAAAGUAUGGUUCCAGACAAAGCACGCCUUCACAUUAUCAUUGUCGGGGCAGGUCUGAGUGGCAUUGCUGCCGCAAUCUCCGCGGCUCUCUCCGGGCAUUUUGUUGAAGUCAUAGAACAAGCACCCGAACUCGCUGAAGUAGGAGCCGGGCUUCAAGUCACUCCCAAUGCCUCACGACUCCUACAGUAUUGGGGUCUACCAGAGUUCGUCUGGGAAGCAGCUGCAGAGCCCAAGAAAUUGACGGUACAUCGUUAUUCAGGACAGGUUUUGGCGCAUGAUGCCUCAUUCGCUGAAAACAUUCGGGCAAGUUAUAAUGCACCUUUUGUGGAUAUGCAUCGAGGAGAUCUUCAGAAGGCACUGUACAUGCGAGCGCGAGACCUGGGAGUCGCUUUUCACCUUGGUGAGAGGAUCGAAAGCAUUGACUUCGAGUCUACAACGGUGUGUUCUAUGAAAGGACAUAGUUUUUCAGGUGAUCUUAUAAUCGCUGCCGAUGGGUUAUGGUCCAAAUGCCGGGAUGCUUUUGUCGGAAGGAAAGAUGAGCCAGUCCCAACGGGAGAUCUAGCAUAUCGAAUUGUCUUGACCGCAGAUCAAAUUACAGACCCCGAGCUGAGAUCGCUGGUCCAGAAUCCUGAAGUUCAUUUCUGGAUAGGGCCCGGGGCUCAUGCUGUCGGCUAUUCAAUGCGAGGAGGGAAGAUGUAUAAUAUUGUUCUGCUUGUACCAGACACUCUGCCUGCAGGUGUCUCCAAGCAGGUAGGCUCUGUGAAGGAGAUGCGAGAGCUUUUUGUUGACUGGGAUCCGAUCCUGAAUAAGCUCUUGAAUUAUGUGAACGACGUGGACAAAUGGAAGUUGAUGCACCAUGGCGAAAUGGCCAGAUGGGUCAAUGAAAAGUCGAAUCUGGUCUUCAUCGGGGAUUCUUGUCACCCAAUGCUACCUUACUUGGCUCAGGGUGCCAAUUCGUCCUUAGAAGAUGGAGCCGUUCUAGGUCUUCUUCUAGGAUACAUGAACGACAAAGCUCAAUUGGGCCGGAUUCUUCGGCUAUAUGAGACUCUUCGCAAAUCGAGAGGGGAGGCCAUUGUGCGGGAAACAUUCAAGCAGAGAGACGACUUCCAUAUGUGUGACGGAGAAGAACAGCAAAAGCGCGAUCAGGUCUUUCUCUCCCAGCUUGGCAAGAAAAUAAAGGGCGCUUUCCCUAGUAGAUGGACGUGUCCUGUGGUUCAACCGUGGCUGUAUGGCUAUGAUGCUGUCAAGGAGGUUGAGGAUGCAAUUGCCCAGAAUCCGGAUAUUCUCAUUGAUCCUACUCAUUGACGGGCGUACCAUCGUUACAAUACCAAAAACUCAGACCUAUCAUUUUAUUCAAUUAUUGUGAAAUGUCAAUCGCCUUAUAGUUUAG